AUGAACCAUCUUCUUUGUACUGUGUUAUUUUGUGUGUGUAUUGCUUGCGCGGCUGAUUUUACCGAAUUUGCUUAUUUUGAUAUUACUAUAGAUGAUAAAAAUGCCGGAAGAAUCAUUAUCGGCUUGUACGGUGAUGUUGCUCCAAUCACCGUAAGAAAUUUUUUGGCUCUCUGCACUGGAGAGUACGGAAUAGGUAAGAUGGGAAAACCCCUUCAUUUCAAAAACUCUGUGUUUCACCGGAUAAUUCCCGGGUUCAUGAUUCAAGGUGGUGAUAUCACUCGCGGCGACGGUCGAGGCGGCGAGAGUGUGUACGGUGAUCAUUUUGCGGACGAGACGUUUGCGAUAAAGCACGAUCGUCCAGGGAUCGUGUCGAUGGCCAAUGCAGGCAAAGACACAAACGGAUCCCAGUUCUUCAUCACAGUCAGCGCCACUCCCUGGCUGGAUGGUCAUCACGUAGCGUUCGGCGCGGUGACGAAAGGAAUGGAUGUGGUGUCGGCGAUCGAGGCGUGCGGAACGCGCAGCGGGAGCCCGACGGCGGUGGUUCGGAUCGUGGAUUGCGGCGUGUUGGCAAGCGAUCAAACGGAAGAUGAAAAUGAAAGUGAAAAUGAAAAUGAAAAUGAAAAUGAAAAUGAAAAUGAAAAUGAAAAUGAAAAUGAAAAUGAAAAUGAAAAUGAAAAGGAGAGAGAAGGAGAAGAGGAUGAGGAAGGAUUGAGUGUGCUGGAAGAGAAAUUGAUGGAGAAAGUGGAGAAGAGAGAGAGAGAAUUGGGGAUUCGUGGAAACGAAGAAGAUGACGAUGAUGAAAAUGAAAAUGAAAAUGAAAACGAACGAAUUUUGAAUCAUGAAAACAUUAAUUCACUCAUUACGGAUAACGACAUUGAGAAUGGGAUCGAGCGUGAUUUUGAACACUCCAAUGCCCAGCAGGCUUUGGACGACGAUCCCAUCGAGCGCGAGGCGGACCCUGCAAGCCACUCCGCGCAUCUCCGUGGCCGCAGCGAUCGCAGCGAUCGCAGCGAGCAGCUGCAGCUCUCCGCGUUCGACGAUGUGGACGCAGAGGAAAUCGAAGAAGCCGAGGAGAGCGACAAUCGACGCAGCGCGCAUCUUCGCGAAGAAUCCAAUCGCUUCGAGUUGUGUGUUUGA